UUCAGAACCCAAAGUGACGCCGAAAUCGCCGAAAGCCGUUUCGCGCGCGAUCCUCGAGUCGCGAAAAACGCAAAUCGAGAGCAAACUGAAGGACGACUCGAAGGCGACGACAAUGACGACGACGACAGACAAGAGGAGCAACGAAUGGAUCGCCAAAAUGCGCGAAGAGUUGUCCCAGCGUAUGGCGCCCGAUCUCCACGCCCACAAGCGCGAGACGCGCGCCCCGUCACCACCGCCGCCCGCCGUCCCAACGAUGACUGUGUCGCGCGAGUGCGUGCGUUGCGGACUGGAGGUGACGGGCGUGGAACGGAUUUCCGUCUCCGGUCACGUUUUGCACCGGUAUUUGACUUAUUAUGCGCUCCGGUUUUGCGU